CAACCUCUCUCUCCCUCUCUCUCGUUCUUUCUCGCUGCCCCUCUCCCUCCCUCCCUCCCUCCCUGCCUGCCCGCCUGCCUGCCGCCGCCUCCCUCCCUCUCCCCGCCGGCUGGGUGCUGAAGUUGGGCGGAUGGCAGCGAAGCAGCUGCGCUAGGGGACGAGCCGCACCAGCCCUUCCCGGGAUCGCUCAGCGCCAACUGCACGCAGCCGGGCGGGGCCACUUGGGCACUGAAGUAGCUGAAAUGAGAAAGAGGCAGCAGUCACAAAAUGAAGGAACAUCAGCUGUGUCUCAAGCACCUGGAAACCAAAGGCCCAACAACACAUGUUGCUUUUGUUGGUGCUGUUGCUGCAGCUGUUCAUGCCUCACUGUUAGGAAUGAAGAUAGAGGAGACAAUGCAGGAAGGCCAACACAUACAACCAAAUUGGAGAGUAUCCAGGUCAUAGAAGAAUGCCAAAACCCUACUGCAGAUGAAAUUUUGUCAUGGGCUCAGAAUUUUGACAAGAUGAUGAAAACACCAGCUGGGAGGAACCUUUUCAGAGAGUUUCUUAGAACGGAGUAUAGUGAGGAGAACCUGCUUUUCUGGCUUGCAUGCGAAGAUCUAAAGAAGGAACAGAACAAGAAAGUUAUUGAAGAAAAAGCAAGACUUAUAUAUGAAGAUUACAUUUCUAUACUAUCACCGAAAGAGGUUAGUCUUGAUUCCCGGGUGAGAGAAGUGAUCAACAGAAACUUGUUGGAUCCCAGCCCCCACAUGUAUGAAGAUGCCCAGCUCCAGAUAUACACCUUGAUGCACAGAGACUCUUUUCCAAGGUUUUUGAACUCUCAGAUUUAUAAGUCUCUUGUUGAAAGUAUUACAGGCUCUACUUCUGAAACUUAGUUUUAAUUUUCAAACAAAUAACUUGAUUUUUUUUUUUUUGGGUGGGUGGGAUGGAAGAAAAUUAGUUUAAUAACAUCUGGAGCUGGGUUCCUGGAGAACUACUCAGGCUACUGUGAAGAAAAAAAAAUACAUAUUACGGUCUCUGUCUACAUUUUUACCAAGGUCCUCCUUGCUCAAGAUGGCAUGGGAGGGGAUCAAUGGAUUUGCCAAAAUACAUUUGUUUCACACUCCUUUCACCCUACUGCAGUCAAGAUUGCAAUGAUGUAUUUGUAGUUUUAUGAACAGUCUCCUUGUGUAUCCUCACACUGCAUGUGCAAGGUAAAACUGCUUCACUUACCACUUAGUUGUUGCAAUAUUUAAUCAAAUAACAUAAAUUAUAGCUGUAUUUAAAAACUUUUUUUUGUGCAAUACAGUCCUAUGGUACAUAGAAACAAUUACAGCAAACCAGAAAGAGGCUUGCAUUUUUUAACAUCACUAACUAAAAAGCCAAUUUUUAAGGUGUAGCAUUAUUCUACAUGCUCUACUGAGUACAAUACACUGACUUUUUGAAGCCAAUAUUUCUGUACAGAGAAAAAGAGCUAUUUAUCACUGUUUAUUUAAAAUAAAUCAAGCGGAGGAUUCCUCUGGUUGUUCACUGCCAAAACUGUGGCAUUUUCAUUACAGAGUUUGCAAUGUCAAAGAAAAAGAAAAAUAAAAGGAGAAAAAAAAAAGCACAAAUCAUUUAAAGGGAUCCAUUUCUGGGGGACACAAUCUAUGCGCUGAUAUUGUUUAAUUGUUAAAAGAACAAAGAUUUUCAAUGUACAUUUCAGAUGUCAGAUACUGUAAUUGAUUUAUUAAAGACUGGCUAUCCAGUUCUAACACUGUUGUAUAAUGUUAUGUACUUCAGAAAAAAAAAAAAAAGAAACAAGAAACAACACAAAAAGCUUGAUAAUUUAGUUUUUUGAAUAAAGAAAUUUAAUAAAAGAUUGCCUACAUGUAGCAUUUUAGAGCAUUUUAGAACAUUUUGAUGAACUGCAUCUGUUCUGUAAGAUAUUUUUUUUGGAAAGCUAAAUCCGGUAAAAAAUGCUUUUAAAUGAAGUAACGUUUUACGAGGUAGAGGGUUAAAGAAGACUUAUCCUAGCUUCUAGCCUCAUUGAUUUUGAACAACUCCUUGAAAACAAGGGGUUUGGGGAGUAAUAUAAACCAAACUUCAAGGGCUUCUAAACCCACAGAUCUUACCCAAGCAAAAUGCCUAGAGAAACACAAUGGGUAUCUUUCCUGGGUAAAGAUUCCUGUACUGAGCCCUUACUCAUAGCUAAGGCAGCACAGUACUCCCAUCACUAGGCUGCCAUGGUGUUUUUAAUAGGUGUCUGCUUGGCCUUUUUAUCAAAGAAUGUCCAGUUUCAGGACACAUUUUGAUGUUUAAAGAGACAGUGACUUGGAACUUAAAAAAACCCCAUCUUCAUACCUACCCUACACAAGCAAAAUGAGUGUUAGCAUCCCUCAUAAACUGCUAAAGAUACACCAAGAAAUUGCU